UAGUAUAAUGUUUUAAGCGAUUUAUUUUUAUUUCAAAUUUAAUAAAAUUUAAUUUAAAUUUGCAUAAUGGGUUGCAUAUAUUAAAAUGUCAUGGUUGUUUGUAAGCAUAGAAAAGUUUGAGGUUAUAACUGACAACAAAAUUUAAAGGAUUUGUUAUUUUUGUAAUUGCGAACAUAUUAUAAUUUAUAACAUUUGAAAAAAUCAGUGUUGUAAAUAUUGUGAUAUUAUAAAUAGUUUGGUUAUGUCAUAACUGGCGUCAAUGGAAUGUGUUGUUACUCCCAGAAAUGUGGGCAUUUUAUGCCGUGUUUGCCUCACUUCUUCAAAUAAAUUAAUACCUCUGAACUCUCCAGUCACAGAAACCAAAGAUUUCACAGAACCCAUCAUCCAACUUAUUGAAAUUGUAACUUUAAAAAAAGUAUUUGUGGAUAAAAAACUACUUCCGUCUAAAAUUUGCCCAGUUUGUUUGAGUUACUUGAAAAUAGCUUUCGAAUUUCAAGCGCAGUUCAAAAAGUCACAAGAUAUAUUAGAAAAAACAUUAAAGAUUGUACCUGUGGUAGAUAAAACGGAAAAUGUGAUGGUAGUUCAAGAGGUUCAAGAAGAAGCUCCUCUACCACCCACUGUUGAACUAAUCUGUGGUGAAAAUAAGUUUGAUUUAAAUGAUGUUGUAAUAGUUGAGGAAAAUAAAGAGGACCAGUCUUCGUUCCAAGGAUUUUUGAAUAACCUGGGUUCGGAAAUAUCAGCCACGUUUGCUAACAAAAUCCCCACCAACUCUCAUGUUCUUGAACAGACACAAGCCGAUCUAGUUGUUUUACCAACCAGAAGAAAAAUAUUUGAAGAAAGACAAAACCUUCAACACAAAAGCAAAUUAGAUAUAAGUCGUUUAAAAGUAAGAAAAUUGCCAGAAGAGAGCAAAGUCAUCGUAGAAGAAAUAAAUAAUGUYGACUGUAGUGAAACGGUAGUGGAAACACUAUAUGAAUGUCAAUUGUGUCAAAAYAUACURCCAUCUCGGAAAGAAUUGGAUUUUCAUGUCUCAGCCCAACAUUCAACACCUUCUUGCUUCGUUUGCCAUGAAUGUGGUCACAUUUCCCGGACAAAAUCCGCCUUUAGACACCACAUGUACAAACACAGUGGCGUUUUGUUCAAAUGUGAAUAUUGUGGAAAAUGCUUCGAUGGCAAGUCCCACUAUAAUAUUCACGUAGCGGCCCACAAGAACCAAAGACCGUACUUGUGUAGCGUUUGUGGUAAAACCUUCAAUUACUCCACGUCCCUAAAAUACCACAUGAGGAUCCACUUGGGAGAGAAGAAAUAUGUUUGCAACUUUUGCGGCUUGAAAUUUCGAAUGGGGACCACUUUGACGAGGCAUUUGAGGACACAUACUAAAGAAAAACCAUAUGUGUGCAAGUACUGUGAUAAAACGUUUUGUUCGCGGGGUGAACAAGUGUUCCAUGAGAUGAUACAUACUGGAAUUCGGCCUUAUCAGUGUCGAUAUUGCGACAAGAGAUUCACAAAACCGGAUAAUUUAAACGUGCAUUAUUUAUCACAUUCGGGACCACAUGAGUGUCAGUAUUGCAUAAAAACUUUUUUGGACGUUAAGUUUUUAAAGUUGCAUCUGAGGCGGGUCCACAAAGAGGUGGAGGUCAAGACGCAAGAAGCCGAAAAUUAAGCAUUUUGCUUAAGGACCCCACAAAAUUUUAAUAAUAAUUUGAGAACUGGAAUUAAAAAAUAUGUAAAAAUGACCAAAUUGUUGCCCAGAGUGGGUCGAGUAAAGUUGAUUCAAUUUUUAA